AUGGCUGUCAUCGCAUUUUCAUAUAUCUUCACCGGCAUCUACGGCUUGACUUGGGCUCCCACUGCGUGGAUCUAUGCAGCAGAGGUCUUCCCACUGAAGUACCGAGCUAAGGGCGUCGGUGUCUCAGCUGCAACCAACUGGAUCUUCAACUUUGCCCUUGCAUACUUCGUGGCACCAGCCUUCCACAACAUC